AUGGCCUCCCAGCAGUACCACAUACGACAGCCCCUCUCUCCCACGGCGUCCACCCAGCAUAUGCCCGCCAAACCACCCGUGCCCAUCACCAUCACCAUCUGCGGCGACGGAGGCUGCGGCAAGUCGUCGAUAACCCUCCGUCUGGUCCGGUCCCAAUGGACAUCCGAGUACGACCCCACCAUCGAGGACAACUACUCCGUCACCCGCAACAUUGACGGCACCGUUUACCACCUCUCCCUCACUGACACGGCCGGCCAGGAAGAAUACCGCGGCAUGUGGACAUCGUCCAAUCUCGGCGCCGACGCCUUCCUCAUGGUCUACGAUAUCACAUCCCGUGAAAGCCUCGAGUCCCUGCAGUACUUUAACGAUCUCAUCGACAUGGAGUCCGAGAUGCGCCUCGACAAUGCAGAGCGCGCCCGCCGCGCUGGCGUCAAGCCCAACGACCCCAAUGCCGAUCUCUUUGCCAACUCCUCCAAAACCGUCACCCCUGUCAAGAUCAUUGCAGGCAACAAGUGCGAUCUGCAGUCGAGCAGAGAGGUCCCCGCCGCCGUCGGCCUCGACUGGGCCCGCAAGCGCGGCUGCGGUUUCAUGGAGACGAGUGCCCGUCUCGAAGUCAACAUUGAAGAAACCUUUGCCCUUAUUGUCCGCCGAGUCAUGGAGCGCCGCCAACUCGCUGAGAUGGGUGUCCAUGAUUCCACAGAGCUCAACUCUCGCGGCGCAACAAAGCCGCUUACACCGCUGCCCGACGACGAGUUUUACGACGAGAAGCGCCGCUCGCCAAGACUCAGAGGCCCGACAUUUUCCAACAGCGAAAGGUUCGGCCGAGGUCAAGGAAGCUUCUGGAGAAAGUUGCGCUGCUGGUGA